UUUACUUCAGCUCCUCAAUCACAGCUGCAGUGAAAAUAAAAGCUAUAACAGGAGAGGAAUAGUGAGUAUAUUUUCAAAUUCAAUCCCUUUACAGUACAGUCCGUAAUUUACAGACUGGCUGCACGGCACCCCUCUUCUUUCUUAAGCGCCUGCGCUGCUUGGUUCUGCGCCUCUGCCUUUUAACUCUUAGGAUGAGAAUAAAACGCUUUUGACCUGAGCAGACCAUUUGUUUCCGCUCCUCAAAAUACAAAGGUUUAGAAAUGUUCCAAAGCUGAAUAAAUAAAUUUCGAAAAUGUAUUAAAGCUUUAGCUGGCGAGGAGGUAGCAAAUAUGGCAUUGAUUCCAGUUUUCGCAAAAGAAAGCCUGCAUUGAGGACACAUGGCAGUAAAAAUUAAGUCAUAAACAACAUUGCAAGCAGUUAAAGAAAAUUAUGUCCGCUUGCAAGGUGCAAAAAAGUUAAGGUAAUGGAGAAAAUUAUGUGUGGUGCUCCUGCUGCUUGUCUUAACUCCGUACAAUUCCCUUCUAAUAGAAGACCCCCCCCCCCCCCCAACCUUGCUCUUCCCUGCAGACCUCAGUCACUAUUCUCCUACCACAGCUGGUGCAUCAAAACCUGCAAACAGCAGGUACCGCAGUGCUGGCUGGCUAAUUAUUAAUAGGUGUUCGCCUAGCAAACAUGUGUGCGCUGAUGGGGCCAGGGAUACAUGGAGGUCCUAAGUGUUCGAUAUUAUGGAAUAGGCAGACAGAGACACUGAGUGAGAGAGACACGGUGAGUUAAAGGCAGAGCUACACUCUCACUGAAGAACCAAGCGAAGUGCACCCACACCGAAACUGCAAACUCGUGAACAGCAUGCUAGCAGCAACCUGGUCGUUAUUUCUGUUUGCGUUCUGCUCAACUAUAUGCAUCCUGACUGCGGAUCCAGACGCUGGGAAAGGAGUCUGGAAGCGAUUUGCAGAGUUACCUCGCCCUGAAGAUGACCUAUUCCUGUAUGACACUUUCCCUGAUGGUUUUAUGUGGUCCGUGGGUACUGCUGCGUAUCAGAUUGAAGGGGCAUGGGAUGGGGACAGUAAAGGGCAGUCUAUAUGGGACAACUUUACACACGGAUCAUCCUUGUGGAAUAGUUCAACAAAUACUACAACCUCGCCACCUGUUACAGGAGAUGUGGCCAGUGACUCCUACAACAAUCUUGAAGGGGACUUGUUGGCUUUGCAAAUCUUGGGGGUCACACAUUACAGAUUUUCCAUUUCUUGGCCUAGAAUAUUCCCCAACGGUUCAGUAACCAGUUUAAACGAAGCAGGAGUCGGUUACUACUCCAAACUCAUCCAGAAGUUGAAGCAGGCUGGAGUAGAGCCAGUGGUGACACUCUAUCACUGGGAUUUACCCCAAACUCUGCAGGAUGCUUUCGGCGGUUGGACAAGCGAAUCAAUUGUGGAGAUUUUCAAAGACUAUGCGGAAUUCUGUUUCCGGGUGUUUGGGGAGUCCGUGAAGUUUUGGAUCACGAUUGAUAACCCCUACGCAAUAGCUAGGCAUGGCUACUAUACUGGUAAGCUAGCUCCUGGUGUCAGGGGAGAUCAAGGAACCCUAUACAGAGUUGGACAUAACCUCAUUAAGGCACAUGCAGCAGUCUGGCAUCUCUACAACGAGACUUUCCGUCAGCAUCAAGGGGGCCAGGUGUCCAUUGCUCUAGGCACCCAUUGGAUAAAACCCAAGCAUAUGACCGACCAAGACAUCAGAGCGUGCCAGUACUCACUCAACUUUGUACUAGGAUGGUUUGCAAAACCAAUAUUUGUGGAUGGAGAUUAUCCUGCCUGCAUGAGAGAUAAUCUUUCUUACUUGUUGCCAGUUUUCAAUGAAAGUGAUAAAAUGUCUGUAAGGGACACGGCUGAUUUUUUUGCACUCUCUUUUGGACCAGUACUCAGUUUUCAGAAACCAGACAUCAUUCCUAAAUUCAAGCAGAGUGAGUCAAUUAAUUUAAGGCAGGCACUUUCAUGGAUAAGUGCAGAAUACAACAGCCCCAAAAUAUAUAUUGUGGAGAAUGGAUGGUAUGCAUCUAGUAACACAAAGACAGAAGGAGCAAAGGACAUGCAUUAUUUAAAACAGUUUAUUACAGAAACCCUGAAAGCAAUUAAAAAGGACAACGUAAAUGUUAUUGGCUACACGGCAUGGUCUCUUAUUGAUGGUUUUGAGUGGGAUCGAGGGUACAACAUUCGGCGAGGGCUGUUUUAUGUGGAUUUUCUAAGCCAAGACAAGAAGAGAGUUGCAAAAUCAUCAGCCUACUUUUACAAAGAUGUGAUACAGAAAAAUGGGUUUCCACCACUGCCUGAAAAUGAGCCGAUAACAGGAACAUUUCAGUGCAAGUUUGCAUGGGGCACAACUGCAAAUGACCUACAGGUAAAGGCAAUCCCUUCCCAGUUUACUGAUCCUAAUAUUUAUAUCUGGGACAUCCAUCAUACUCAAAAGCUUAUAAAAGUUGAAGGGAUGAUUGCCCCCAGGCACAUAAGGAAUUGUGCCGAUUAUGGCAGCAUUCUACAACAAGUUUCUCUACUGCGAGAGAUGCACGUUACUCACUUCUAUUUUCCACUGACGUGGUCCUUUAUGGUUCCAACAGGAAACAUCAGUCAACUCAAUACCACAAUGAUACAUGACUAUAGCUGUUUUGUAAGUGAACUGGCGAGGGCAAACAUAACACCUGCUGUGUCACUAUGGCAGCCUACAGGGCAGAACAUGGGGCUUCCAUCUGUACUACACCAUCAUGGAGGAUGGAAUAAUGAAAGUACUGUGAAAGCCUUUGUUGACUAUGCCAGAGUUUGUUUUAAGGUGUUCGGCAAUUAUGUAAAGCUUUGGAUAACAAUGAAUGAGCCAAACGUAGAGACAUUACGAUAUGUUGCAGGACGUAAUCUGUUGAAAGCUCAUGCUUCAGUCUGGCAUAUGUACAAUCAAGAGUUUAGAAAAACCCAGAAUGGACAGAUAUCUAUUGCACUGCUCGCAAACUGGAUAGAACCUGCAUAUCAUAUGUCUAGGAGUCACAUCGAAACAGCAAACAGGGUUUUGGAAUUUAACAUUGGCUGGUUUGCUGAGCCAAUCUUUGGCUCAGGUAACUACCCUAGCACUAUGUGGGACUGGCUACAUCAGACCAACAACAAACAUUUACUGAACUUUUAUUCAGGGUAUUUCCCUGAAAAAGACAAAGAAUUUAUUCGGGGAUCGUUUGAUUUUUUUGCAUUGAGCCAUUAUAGCACUGUCCUUGUUUCUCAGGAAAUGGAAAAUGACAAAGUGUAUGACAGUUACCUGCAAAAGCAUCAAAUGAAUGACAUCACGUGGUUGACAUCACCUAAUAAGAGUGCUGUUGUCCCUUGGGGGUUGCGUAAAAUGCUGAAGUGGGUGAAAUCUCGGUAUGGUGAUAUUCCAAUCUAUAUCAUGGCUACAGGAAUCGAUGAUGAUCAGAAACAACUUGAUGACAAAAUAAGAAGUUAUUACAUUCAAAGCUAUGUUAAUGAAGCAUUGAAAGCUUACAAACUGGAUAGAGUGGAUGUACGUGGAUAUUUUGUCUAUUCCUUUUCCGACAAAGCUGAUCCAAGCUAUGGACUGUAUAGUUAUGCAGCAAAUGAAUAUGUGCCUAAACGUUCCCUACAGUACUACAAAAAAAUAAUUGACAGUAAUGGCUUUCUUGAUCCAGAUACUGCUAUAAGAGAAUGUCCAGAGGAAUAUGUCUCAUGUCCGGGAUGUUUUUUUCAGACUCGAAAGUCCUUAUUAGCAUUUAUAGCCUUUAUUUGUUUUGCCUUUGUUGUAACUGUGAUACUUGUUAUUUAUUAUUCUCGAAAAGGCAAAAAGAAUUAUAGUGUUUAUAGAUUAUAAAUUGUUUCAUUCUGAUGCUUUUAUAAUUGUACAAAAUAUUACAAUCACUGUUCCACUCAGUCUUUGCACUGUUGAAUACUGUGAUACACUUUAUUGUAAUGUCUUUUUAGUCAGGUCACAGAGGGUCUUAAGUGUUUUAAAUUAUCUUGUUAUAUUAUAUAUUUUUAUGCACUAUUUUAGCAUUUGUGUUUUAGUGGAGAUUUUUUUCUUUAUUAACUUCCAAGUCUCUAUCCCCCCAACUUCUCCUUCCUCCACAUUACCCAGUAUAUGUAACACUUUCUCAUUUUAGAACAGUUUAUUUUCUGCAUCAUAAUUAAAUGUAGACAGAUGGGUCUGUAAUGUUAAAAACAAAAAUGAAUAUUGAUGCAACACAGAGACUAAAGCCAUAUUAAGUUUGUUCAUUGUCUCUGCAUUAGUGGUCAUUUACUAUUUUUCACUUCCAUUUUUGUUCUUGGAAUUCAAGUAUGUGGCAUUUAUUAGGUACAGUACAGCAUCACCUGUGAUCACAGAUGGUUUGGGUUUACAUGACUACAGGGCAUGAUUCUAAAUAGGACAGUAUGGUCUUGUGCUAUUAUACUGGACGACUGUUUUAACUCCUGAUGAAGAGAGCAGAAAUUCUCAAUAGUUGAAAAUCGGUUCUAGCAAUAUGUGGAAUGAAGGGUGAACAGACCCAUGAAUGUAAAUAUUCAAGCAUUUCCUUGUGACAGACCUUAAAUAACCAUUUCAGAUCCUGUGGCAACACUGGUUUAUAGUCAGUGUACACUAUAAUGGUACCUAUUUUCCAGGUGAUGGUGUUUAUGUAAAGGAUUUGACAGUUCAAAAACAUUUUUAUGCUAGUGUAUUUCUUUACCCAGGAUUUCCUGAUUUACCUGCAGCAUUUGCCACUCAUUCUUCUUCCUGCUACCUUGACCCUAUCAGCAGUCUUGUAUCCACUCAAGGAACAGGUACUGCUACUGACACUGCAAUGGAGAAAACACUAGGAUCACAGGUGAGAGAUUAGGACUUUAAAAGAUGUCACCAUUUAGUGACCCUACGUAAAGCUGAUGCCCCAUACAAUGCCAGAAAAUGAUCUGUCAGAGUGCAGGCAUCCAGCCUGGCCAGGGAUUUGUGCGUGCACUACCACUAUGUUCCUGCAUAUUCCCAAUCGCCAACUUUAGCCAGGGGAUUUGUAGCAUUGGUCACCUCUCUCACUGAGAUGGGAAUGCAGCCCAGUGACUGCCUCAGUCAUUGUCCAUAGUCACAUCUUGGAACACCCAAGUCACUGGCUAAAACCAACAUCUCUGAUGUUGUGAUUCAGAGCAAGCUUUCAUGCUUGUGGAGAUGUUUAGCAGUUCAGAAACACAAUGAUUUGUUAGCAAAAUGCCACUCAAAACCAUCAACAUUCAGAUAUAAGUUUCUUAGCACAACUAAGUUCUGAUUUUGGAGUUGGAGGCAAAACAAUCCUAAGAAUGACGUUGUGCAGAAGGUGCCAGAAAGAUAAAGCACUAUACCAAGGUCAGGCAGCCUUUCCUGAACCAACUACUAAAAAUCAUAACUUCUAUAGAUCAUAGGUUCAUACUAGGCUAUCUGCCCUAGGGCAUUUAUAAGCCUAGCCAGAGUGUGUAUGGCUUUCGCCAC